AGGAGCGUGGCGGCGGGGCUCGCAGCGGUCGUUUGGCGUGACAUCUGGCGGUUGGGGGUCCACCAUGUUCUGCGAGAAAGCUAUGGAGCUCGUCCGCGAGUUGCGCCGCGCGCCCGAAGGGCAGCUGCCGGCCUUCAACCUUUUUGAACAACUGUGGAACUUUUCCUGAGGGCUGUCCGUUUAUAUUCCUUGCCAUGGAAGUAUUGGGAAGGCUGCUGCUUUUUGGAGGAUGGACUCAGACAAGUUCUGGAGGAAAUGAAAGCUUUAUAUGAACAAAACCAGGCUGAUGUGAAUGAAGCAAAGUCAGCUGGACGAGGUGACUUGAUACCAACCAUCAAAUUUCGGCACUGUUCUUUGUUAAGAAAUCGACGUUGCACUGUAGCAUACCUGUAUGACCGACUGCUUCGGAUUAGAGCACUCAGGUGGGAGUAUGGCAGUGUCUUGCCAAAUGCCUUAGGAUUCCACAUGUCUGCUGAAGAAAUGGAGUGGUUCAACCAUUAUAAAAAGUCUCUUGCUACUUACAUGAGGUCACUGGGAGGAGAUGAAGGUUUGGACAUCACUCAGGAUGUGAAACCUCCAAAAAGUCUAUAUAUUGAAGUACGGUGUCUAAAAGACUAUGGAGAAUUUGAAGUUGAUGAUGGCACCUCAGUCCUAUUGAAAAAAAAUAGCCAGCACUUUUUGCCUCGAUGGAAAUGUGAGCAGUUAAUCAGACAAGGGGUUCUAGAACAUGUGCUGUCAUGACUGUGUCCUGCGUUGACCACAUGCAGGACAGUGCCACGCCUGGUACAGAUGUGAAGCUGAGCCCAGCUCAUGAAAAUGUCUACAGUUGGACCUUCCUACCCUCCUCCUCCGCCUCCUUUAAUUUUAAAUUUACCAAGAAGAGUUUGGGGUGUAACUCAGUGCAGAGCACUUGCCUAGCAUUUGAGAAGCUCUGGGUUCCAUCCCUAACACUGCAAAAAACAAACACCAAGCUCUCCCUGAGGAGUACUGGCUAGGAGUGUAACUUGCUGACUGUGGUUUCUAAGCUAGACACCAUUCUUCCAGCUCUUUGUUACAAGGUGUAUCUACAAUCAUUACGCAGUUGUUACUCUGUCCUGUUUAUAAGUAAAAAUAAACAUUCAGUUUUAUGAUGGGA